AUGGCUCCUUUACGACCUUUAGUCUCCUCAAUCUUAAUUUUAUUGGCUAUGUUAGCAAUGGUACACUCRAAAAAGAUUGUAAUGUUACCGAUGUUUGCUGGAAGUACCUAUUUAGCGAUGAAAAACAUGGCACAAGAGCUUGCUAAGCGAGGUCAUGAGGUCACAAUUGUAGUCAACUCCGCGCAAAGCAUCAAACAGCUCGACCACGUAAAGCACGCCAUUUAUCAAGUCCCACUCCAAAAAGGAUUCCUGGAGAAGAAACUGAUCAGUAACGUCAUCAACGGAUCCAUAGCAACCAUAAUUUUCAGUAAAGAUAGUAUGCCAAAACUUCAGCAAAUCAGCUGUGAAGCUUUACUUAAAGAUACAAAUUUACUGGACUCGUUCAAAGGAUUUGAUCUCCUUGUUGCGGACGUCGCAAAUUUUUGUUCUCCCAUCGUGCAUGACUACCUGGGAAUAAGACGUGUCGACUACUUUCCUGGACCCCCUUCGGUUCCUAUUUUACCAUCAUUGUAUGACGACUUUUUCACUGUUUCCUACGUUCCACAAAUCAUGGCGUGCAAUCCCAUGAAAAUGAACUUUUUUCAGCGAUUAAAAAAUAAUAUCAAAGAAGAUUACAAGAUUGUAGGACCAAUAAACAUCCAACCAGUCAAGCCCCUYCCCCCUGAUCUACAGCAGUUGAUUGACAGUUCUGGUGAUGACGGAGCCAUYAUUGUUUCAUUUGGAUCCAACGUGGCUUCAGUGUUAGAUAAACACAAAAUUGACAUCAUGGCUGAAGCUUUUGGUAGAUUAAAACAAAAAGUGAUUUGGAGACUGAAAGGAUACAUCCCAUCAUCAUUGAAUGAUAACAUAAAGGUUGUUGAUUGGCUGCCACAGAAUGACUUACUUGCCCAUGAGAAAUUGCGAGCGUUUGUCUCUCAUUCUGGUUUGAACAGUCUCUGUGAAUCACUGUACCGUGGGGUUCCUGUGGUUUCUAUGCCCAUAUAUGGGGACCAGUUUGAWMAUGCACUUCGAUUGCAAGAGAGAGGUGUUGCACUCAUUGCUGACUACAAAACAUUCACUGCUGACGAUCUAUGCAGUAAGAUACAAAGAGUUAUCAACGAACCAAGUUUUCGAGAAAAUGCACAACGGUUUUCACGUCUGCUGAGUGACCGCCCACGAAGCCCGGUCCAGGAGGCUGGUGACUGGAUAGAGUACGCCCUUAGACACGAGAGUCUUGCACAUCUACGUCCGCACUCCACGCAACUUUCCUGGUACCAGUUUUUCCUGGUAGAUGUAGCAGUGUUCCUGGUCUUGGUAGUUUUGGUUGUGGUUAUGGUGAUAAAGUACACCGUUCGAUUGAUGUGCUGGAUGUGCUGUCGACAAGACAAGAAACAGAAAACUCAGUGA